UCGUGAGAGGACACCAUUGGCUGCUGUCACUCUCCACAGGUUUUUGAGAGUCAUUCUGAAAAGUCUUUUGUAUUUUCUGAAAAGACUAGAUCGAUUUCUCGAUGAAAAUGGAGGAAAUGAGUGUUAUCGUGCCUGACAAGGACGUUCUGGAGCUGGAGCCAAAACCAACUGUGGGGCACUAUUCCUCCGGGGAGGAGCUCGAUGUCGAGGAUUUGUACACAAAAUACAAGAAACUCCAACGAAUGCUGGAAUUCCUAAAGGUCCAGGAGGAAUACAUCAAGGAUGAGCAGCGAAAUCUGAAAAAGGAGUACCUUCACGCACAGGAGGAGGUGAAACGUAUCCAGAGUGUUCCCCUGGUGAUCGGUCAGUUUCUGGAGGCUGUUGACCAGAAUACUGGUAUCGUGGGAUCGACUACAGGCUCGAAUUAUUACGUUCGUAUUCUAUCGACGAUCGAUCGAGAGCUGCUGAAACCAUCAGCGAGUGUUGCUCUUCACAAGCACAGCAAUGCCCUCGUCGAUGUCCUCCCACCAGAGGCUGACUCCAGCAUCUCGAUGCUCCAGGCCGAUGAGAAGCCAGAUAUCUUAUACAGCGACAUCGGAGGAAUGGACAUGCAGAAACAGGAGAUUCGAGAGGCUGUCGAGCUUCCACUCACUCACUUCGAGCUUUACAAGCAGAUCGGUAUCGAUCCACCCCGUGGAGUGUUGAUGUACGGUCCCCCGGGAUGUGGUAAGACGAUGCUGGCGAAGGCAGUGGCACGUCACACAACAGCAGCUUUCAUUCGCGUCGUGGGUUCUGAAUUUGUCCAGAAGUACUUGGGUGAGGGUCCUCGAAUGGUUCGCGAUGUUUUUCGUCUGGCCAAGGAGAAUUCACCAGCUAUUAUCUUCGUCGACGAGAUUGACGCCAUCGCCACGAAACGAUUUGACGCCCAGACUGGGGCUGAUCGAGAGGUGCAACGAAUUCUUUUGGAGCUUUUGAAUCAGAUGGAUGGAUUCGAUCAGACAACAAAUGUCAAGGUCAUCAUGGCUACCAACAGGGCUGAUACUCUGGAUCCAGCUCUUCUUCGUCCAGGAAGGCUCGACAGGAAGAUCGAAUUUCCACUGCCAGAUCGACGACAGAAGCGUCUUAUUUUCUCGACUAUAACCGCGAAGAUGAAUUUGAGUGAGGAAGUCGAUCUCGAGGACUACGUUGCACGUCCUGACAGAAUAUCUGGGGCUGACAUCAAUGCUAUCUGCCAGGAGGCUGGAAUGCACGCUGUUAGGGAGAACAGGUACAUCGUCCUGGCCAAGGACUUCGAGAAGGGAUACAAGAAUAAUAUCAAGAAGGAUGAAUCCGAGCACGAGUUCUACAAGUAAAUCAUGAUUUUUCAAAUUGUCAAACGUUAACGGCACUUUAUCUCGCGAUUGAGGCGGGUUAUGGGGAUGAGUGAUAAAAAAUUAUAUCUGGGGAACUCAAUUUCCUAGAGAAAAUGUUUAUCGACUUUUCUCGUAGCAGUGCUCGCUCUUGACAUAAUUGAAAACUCAAGGUUCACUGAGGAAUAAUUCACUUUUUUAUCGUUUACUUUUGGAGUAAUUAUCAUUUAUGUCAUGUUUUGUAAUCGAGGAUUCCAGGUUAUUAUGUACUGAUGCUGAAUAAUAAAUAAAAAAUAAUCAAUUUCAA